GUAUGGUGAUAUACUCGCGACUGGUUCUCGACAACGCGUCGCUCGGAUCGCCGGACGACGAGUGGCAUGACAACGACACGUUCUCUGAACAUUACCAAGUCGAUGUCUCCACCGAGCUCUGGACCGUAAAGUGAAGAAGCUACGAUCAAUGCUGUCAGCUGAUGAAGACAUAACAACUGAACUGGACCGAGUGGUCUGCCGGCUUAUGAAGUUAGCACUGAGAACCACUAGGCGGCGCCAGUCGCCGUUACCUAUGAAGUGGAUGCAAUGCAAGAUGCUGGAUUUGCUGAAUCUGACAGAGAAGGCGAUAGAGAAGAAGAAAAAUCAUUAUGUGGAAACGUAUCCGUUGAAAGCUAUUUGUUAUGAUGACCAAAUUGCAAAACAAGAAGAAUUUAAUCUUAGCAAGAUAAAAGAAGAUGAGACAGCGAACGAAAUUGUGCAUAAGUACCGUCAUUUAGUUCGAUCGUCAGGUAACACCACUUCAGAAGAUAUGCAAAAAUAUCAGUACUACGAUGAUAUUAGCCAUAAAAGUAGUAAAGAGUUUAUAAAAGAUGAGAUAUCCAGCGAUUUAAAUUUCGAAGACAUUAUACGCUCACCAUCCCUGGUAGACAUAGAACCAGUUCCUGAUCACCCCAUAAAACCAAGAAAGGUCUCAUAUGGCAGAAAUGAUACUCCCCUAUCCAGAACGCAAGCAUGGCUUGAAGAAGAUGUUAAAGUAGUUAGAUAUCCCAAGCAUAGUGCUCACGGAAUCAGUUCUGGUGACACAGAUCAUAGUGUGAACAACGUUGUCCGUUUCAAAAACAAAAAGAGUCAUAGAAAACACAAAAUAUCAGCUGAUGUCAAAGAAGCAGACUUGGACGUUAAGCGACGCAAGAGAUCUGCAAGCAAAACUUCUUAUGAUAAACAUAAGUCAAAGAAUGUUGAUAAGAACAAAAACAAAGAUAAAACUAGCAAAACACGCCUGAUAAAGAAAGUUGCUAAGAAGAAAUCCAGUUAUAAUAUUUUGAUUAAGAGUUGCAGCACAAAAGUUUCAACGGCGAACUUUGGGAAUAUUGUAAAAUCUAAGAGGAAUUUAAAGCCAAAUGUUAUGCAACCGUCGGCAUCUAAACCGAUUCCUGAGAUUUUGAUGGAUAUUAUCAACAUGGAUACAUGUAUAGAGAAUAAAACUCAAGAUAUUGAUGUUCUAAGACGCGAUAACUUUCAAGAUGUCGAUUCUAUCGGAGAAGUUAAUUUCGAGUCGAAUAUUGCAAAUACUGAGGAAAGCCUUUUGAUUGACAUAGUGAUGGAUGACAGAGAAGAAACGAUUGCCCUGCGGCGUACUAUAGGGACCGAGGCCGAUGACGAAACUGUGCUCUUUGAACAGGAGACUAUCCUAGGAAGCUUGACCAAUAUUAUGAAAGCUGACAGCUUUUAUGACAAACACGAAACUGAGAAUGUGCAUUCGCAAACUAUAUUCAUUUACGAUAUUAAUGAACCAAGCACAUCUAAAGGCGUUCGACACGUGAGCAUGGAUGUCCAAUGUGGUCCCGAUGCUACAAACAUGUCUGCAAUGCUAUCUGCAACUACAUCGUUUACCAAACUACCCAAAAUAUUCAAUACUGGCAUUAAAAUUGGAGACUCGAUAUCUGACAUACAACAUUCUUUUAAACCGAAAGAUGUCCCCUGCCUUACGAAGGACAUACAACAUAGUGGAAAAAAUUGCAACGAUUUUGGCACUUCGACUAAUGAAUGCACCAACGCCUUUAAAACCAUAUCUCCUAGGACGAAGUCAGUUGGCAUUAGAAUAAAAGAUUCUGACACUAAUAUUAGAGAAAGAGUUGAAAGUGGAACUAUGACUCUCGAAAACGAAAUUUCACAUGCUGCCGCUUCUAUUCCACACAGUUUUGAUUCGGCAACAGAGACCCGACUGCUGAAACCCGUUUCCAGUCGAAUCAAGAUGGAAGAUUCUGGUUCCGAGUUUUGCGAAAGCGUGGGAAGCUUUCGGAAAAGUCAAUAUCCUUUCGCCAAUUUGUCGAAAAACACUAGCGAUUCCCAAAUGAAUUCGGUUUCGUUCAAUAAACGGCUGCCAAUUCGCAACGCCAACCUGAAGAAAAUCAUCAAAGACGAUGCACCAAAACAAGAAGAUAAGAAAUCGACAAGAUCGAAUGAAUGUCCAAAAACUGUUAAAUUCAAUAGGAAUGUAACAAAGGUAUCAACUAAGUUGGUGGCAAGUUCUGUAUUGACAAAGCCUAAUAAACCUUCUUUUGUGACGAAAAAACCUUCUAUGACAUCAGCUACAUGCGUCGUUAAGAAAGAUGGCGAAAAACCAAUAAGAUGCUGUAAAAAAAGUUAUUUGCCAGUUUAUUUAAAACGAAAGCUGGCAAUUAAAAAUACCAACAAUAAUUUGAUUCAACAGAGUGAAUCGAGUAAUACUAUCACUGAAACAAAACCAAUUGUCCAACUUCCUGACGUCGUUGAGUCUAUUAUAAACGACGAUAAUAAGAAAGAAUUAUUGGACGCCGUAGACUUUGAGUUUGAGCCAAGAGAAAACGUCAGCUACGUUAUUUUUAGAAAUGAAAUUGAGACUAACAAAAGUACCCCUGUACCUGAAAGUUCUUUACCUCCUAGGGAAUGUUUAAGGCGUAGGGAUAAUACAGAUAAAAGAUCGCCUAGUCCACAGUCGCAAAAUAGUUCUGCAUGCUCAUCACCUAAUAGUAUUGCUACUGUAAGAGCACGACCAGCAUCAAAGAAUACCCCUGAUCGACGUUUUUCUACUUCAUCUAAUAAAAGUAAUCUAAGCAACAGUGCAUCUGAAACUACGCCAGUUAAAACUAAGAAGUUUACGAAAAGAGCUAAAACCAAUAAAAAACCACAAGAAAAAGAAUAUGACAAUAAAGAAAACGUCCCGGAAUCUUCAAGAAAAAGCAAAGAAUCUGAGAGAAGUCCACCUAAGACAGCUUUUAUGAGAAACAAAAACGUAUUUAGAGCGCAUGUAACGGCAGAAUGUUCUCCACAAACUGCAUCUACUUUGUCCAGACACAGACCACAAACAGCUAAUAAAUCCAAUGUAAGAAUACCUACAGUUCCUUGCUCUAGUGAGAAACCAGCAAGCAGCACUUCCUCAAGACCUUCAGUCUCCAAAAAAAGCUUACCAAAAUCACGCACGUCUUUGCAUUCCGAAAAUAAAAGUGAUAGAAAUUUAAAUAAAUCGGAUUUAACAUCGUUAGGUUCUCCACCACAAAAUUUACUUAAUGCUUCAAGUGAAGACGUUACGAUGAAUAUUGUCGAUAAUAGUUUAUUAUCAGAAUGGAUGAAUUCUACCUACAAAAGUGUGAUAGAAAGUCACACAAGCAACAUAUUAGCUGCUAUGAGACAACUAGUUGAAGAACGGUUAGACUUUAUUGAACGACUAUCAGAUAAUUGCUUAGAAGUUGACUCCAAAACUGUAGUUUUGAGUGAAGAUCAGCUUGAAAGUCUUUCAGUCAGCGCAUCAACAAGUUUCCAUGACAGUUCUUCGCUAAACAAUAGUUUUGGAACUGUUAUUGCGAAAGAAGAUGAUUUAAACAGUGUAGAUAUCAACGACAUACAGAACAUAGUUAACAAUACUCUUGAUUCCGUUUUGGGCAAUGAAUCUAUAGUAAGUUUAACCGAUUCGAGACGCACGACCACUGAUCUUGAUUUACUCUCGUUUAAAUCUCUCACAUCUGCUUCUAAGAUAUCUGAAUAUUUCUUGGCGGAAAGUUCUCUAAAUAACAUAACUGAAUCCUUGCAAAAUACAAGGAUUCCCGUGACUGGUUCUCUUCGGGAUUUAUUCGAGAGAAGAAAGCAACUUACUGUACAGAAUCCAGGAGCCCUGGCUGUACAAGCUUUUAGUGGUUUUUCAAUGAAUAUUGAGCCAGUAGCUGGCGACCAACCCGAUCAUAUCAACAUCAUCGAUUCUGAAACUGGUAGUCUGGCUCUGGAGUUUACAAGACAAGCUACGUCUGAAGAAGUGUUCAUAUCAGGAAGAUCGUCAUCCAGUUAUGAAUCUUGUCUCAUCGAUGAGGAUACUGUUGUUCCAUAUUGGCUGUUCCAGAUUAUAAGCCAGCAGCAGUCGGUCGACGAAGAGGAAGAAGAUGAGCCAGAAGAGUUACUGCCUAUACCAGUGCCUCUACCAGAGCCGAUGUACGAUGUCAACGGCAACGUAUUAGAGGCGGGCCCGGGGGCGGGUGCGGGCGACGGCCGCGGGAUUCACAGCGACCACUCGCAAGACAGCUCGGGACGCGGGACAUCGCUCAGCUCUAGUGCCACAUCGUCUGGGCCGCAGAGUGAACAUUAUCGUUGUGAAAUAGUUGCUCUUUUGGAGCCAAUGUACGAUGUGAACGGCAACGUAUUAGAGGCGGGUGCGGGAGACAGCCGCGGGAUUCACAGCGAUCACUCGCAAGAUAGCUCGGGACGCGGGACAUCGCUCAGCUCUAGUGCCACAUCGUCUGGGCCGCAGAGUGAACAUUAUCGUUGUGAAAUAGUUGCUCUUUUGGAGCCGAUCUACGAUGUGAACGGCAACGUAUUAGAGGCGGGCCCGGGGGCGGGUGCGGGCGACGGCCACGGGAUUCACAGCGACCACUCGCAAGAUAGCUCGGGACGUGGGACCUCGCUGAAGUCUAGUGCUACGUCGUCUGGGCCGCAGAGUGAAAUGGCAAUUCUAAUCGACCCGUCAGCGUUCACGGCUCAUUACGACCUGACGCGCGAACCGGUCAGCAGCUCUGUCAUCAUGCCGAUACCGCUGCCUCUGGAGUCCCCGGAAACGUCCUAUAUGACUGCUGAUGAUACAGCACGAACCAACGACAUUCUAAAUUCGAGCGGCGAAGGUUGCGAGCGAGCAACCGCCUCUUUGCUCGCAGCGAGCGAUGCGGAUGCUGACGUCAGCUCAACUGACACUGACGUACCUGACUCGUCUGACAACUGAUCUGAAGUACGUGGACUCUUUACUCGAUGAUGUGAUUGUUUAUGGUGCCAAAUGUGAGUGUGCGUUUAAAUUAUUAGUGAAUAGUUUUGUUU